UUUUAUAGUAGCUGCUCUGCUGCUGGGCAGCUGGUGGUGCUGCUGACUGUUUGCACAUUUCGCUUUCUCUCUUCACAAUCCACCCAUCACGUGACCCAUUAUUACAACCCUUCAGCUUUUUUCAUUUUCUUUAUCAUUUUUCCUUCUUGAUCUUCAUUUCCCCUGAUCUACUUAAGAUUUCAACCUGUAUGUACAGCAUUUUUGCGUAGAAUUCAGUUAAAUGGUGAGCUGCGCAACUUUAGCGAGGUGGGUCGAGGCUUUUUGGUUAAUUGUUGAGGGGUUAUUCUUUAAGUGUAAUUGAGUUGUUUUAACUCUUUGGUGAAGGUUAGUUUUGAAUGUAAUUAGGUUUUUGCUUUGGUUUGAGUAAUAAAAGGUAGGCAUUUUGAGAUUGCAGUGGGUGAAUUAUGGUUUUUGUUGCUUCACAUUUACUCGGUUUUUAUUUGGAGACUGGAUCUUGAGUAAAUUGGGCAUUAAGGCGUGAUUUGAUUUGUCUUUUGAGAACUUGAAGUGGAACUGGAUAAAUUUGAGCUUGCCCUCUACUAUGGCAUGCUUGCAGCUGUUUCAAAUGAUGAUUUUUUACUUGUGUACAGUGCAAAUGUGAGGUGGAAUUUUGUUUUCUCGAGUAGUAGAAUAUAGAAUCAGGUUCAUUUUCGUGGAAUUUUGUGGAAAGUUUAGCAGUAUUGCGAUUUUUGUGUGAUCUUCAUGAUGUGCGGUGUGAAGUUCGCAUUUUCGGAGGAUUUUGAUUGAGAUUAUAUUGUGUGCGUUAAACCACGGGUUGGAGAUGCAUCCAUCGCCAGCAAUGAGAAUAUCUCCUAGGAAGGAGCUGAGGGUAGAGAAUCACAAGAGAGGACGAAGUCUUGAGAGUGUGAUUCUCUAUCGGGAGAAGGAUGAUGAUCUCGCGUUGUUUAAUGAGGUUCAGAACAAAGAAAGAGAGAAUUUCUUGCUUCCGUCAAAUGACUUUGAUGACAUCUGGACGAAAUUAAGGGACUUUUCGGAUUAUAAGCUCGGAAUCUCCAUUCCAACUCGGAGAGAGAGUAGUGACCUGCUCAAUGCAGAAGGAGAUAAAAAUGAUUAUGACUGGUUAAAAACUCCUCCCGACACUCCACUUUUUCCUUCUCUGGACGAUGAGACACCACCAAUUAAUCUUGCACGGAGAGGCAGGCCUGGGAGUCAACCUCUUUCAAUCUUAAGAUCAUCCACGAUGGAGAAGAGUUAUAGAAAUAGCAGAAGUAGUGCACGUCCCCAUCGCCUUAGCCAAUCUCCACGGGCUGAUGAUAAUAUUUUGCAAUCAAGGGGCAGGUCAUUGUCAGCACCACAUGCAAGUCCACCUCCUACUUUGAGGCAUAUUACUUCAUCAAGGAGGCCAUCUCCCCCGCCAAGUAAACCAUCAACUCCUUCUCUGAGGUCUUGUACCCCAUCUCCUAGGAGAAUGAGCACUGGUUCUGCUGCCCCAUCUAGGGUGAGAGGCACCUUACCCGUCAAGACAAGCAAAGCGUACUCUGCUUCACCUAAAAUAAGCACAUGGCAAUGUAACAUUCCUGACUUUUCUUCUGAGGCACCUCCUAAUCUUCGUACCUCGUUGGCUGAUAGACCAGCAUCGUAUGUCAGAGGAUCCUCACCAGCAUCCAGAAAGGGCUACAGAUCUGGAAGACAAUCAAUGUCUCCAACUGCUUCUAGAAGUGUCAGUUCAUCACACAGUCAUGACCGAGAUCCAUUUAGUUCCCACAGCAAAGGUUCAGUUGCAUCAUCUGGUGACGAUGAUCUAGACUCCCCACAAUCCAUUUCCAUGAGCAGCUUGGACCGCCCAACUCCAAAGAGCAUUGGUGCUUUCCCAAAUAAUAGAGCCCUGGGUUUUUCUAAAAAACCAUCUAGAAUUUUGUCCUCAAGCUCUGCUCCGAAGAGAUCCUUUGACUUGGCACUUCAGCAAAUGGAUCGUCGGAAAGGUCCUCUGAAUAUGUUUAGGCCUUUAUUGUCCAAUGUCCCCACUUCAACACUCUAUGCUGGCAAAGCAAGUACAGCUCAUCAUUCGGUUACUUCCAGAACUUCUUCAAUUACAACUAGCAAUAAUACCAGUUCUGAUCAGGUAACAACAGGCGUACAUGAUACCAAAGGAAGUGAGCAAAACCUGCAGGACACGACGAGGGAAUGUGUAGAGGGACACUAUUCUGAAGCGCAAGACAAAAUAUUUGAAUUGGAUCGUUCUGAUGCUUUAAAUGAAGAUGUUGAGCUUAACACCCGUGAUAAAUCACCUAACAAUCAGGAUGAUAAAUUUGAUGGCCACUCUGUAGUAGUUGUCACUGAAAGUUGCAGCCAUAUUGACACUGCUACAGGUACUGCUGCAGCUUCUAUAGUUCCGGAGACAAGAGGUGAUUGUUCAGACGCCGUCAGCCUUGAAGAUACUAUGGUUUGCUCUAAAUGCGGUCACACAUUCCAUUCUGCUGAAUUAGUAAUGGAGGGGGACCUGCAACUUUGUCUGCGGUGCAGAAAUUUGGAAGUAACCUCAACUAGAACUACUACACUGGUAUCAAUGGCAGUUAGUGAGAAUACUUCAGGAGAUUUUGUGCAGAUUCUAGAGCAUGGGCCAGCUGAAGCUUUAGACUGCUCCACUGCAAACUCAGAAUCUUGGCAAGUCACUAGUACUGGUAAAGCAGGGACCAAACAACUCCAUCGUUCAUAUAGCGAGCCAACCCAUAAUUUGAAUUUCUCCCCUUCAUGCUCUGUUUCACCACUAAUGGUGGGUGAAGCUGAGCUAACUAUCACCAACCAACAAGUGACUGAUCAAUCUAUUGAUGACAACUCUGCCUAUCAGCAUGUUGGGGGCUAUUCAAGUUCAAAUGUUGAUGUUUCAGAAGGUGCAGGUACAGCUUUGUUACUGAAGAGAUCUAGUAGAAGCCAAGGACAUGUUCAAAGUAGGAGUAGGAGUUUCACAACAAGUAACAUCAGUUAUGACGAUUUCUCCUGUAUCGGGGACAGUAUAAACAGCACGAGAAGCUCCAUUGGGCAUGGCAGUGCGUCAAUGACAUCUUCUGUUGACUUCGGGUCUUUGAGGCAAAUAGAGACCCGUGUGCAACGGCAAGUAAAUUACAGGAAAUCUGAUCUAAAAAUGGACUGUCUAGUCCGUCCGCCUUAUAUUUACCUUGAUGUCACCUUUGGUAUGGGAGGUAUAGGAAAUAUUUUCUGGCCAGCAGCGAAGUUUUUUUGGGUUGAUCCAAGAUGCAAUGCCAAGGUCAACAGAAACACCCACCUCGUAUAUCUCGACCUCGGUGUUGGCGAGUUAUCCAUAAUGUCUGUCCUCAUAGCCUUUGCUUUUGCUUUUGCCCAGUCGUUUAAGCUCAUAACCUCCUGA